GCUGCAGCCUCGCUCUGAUCCCUGCGGCGGGCGGCCGAGCCGUGUGUCUCCUCCUCCGCCGCCGCCAUAUUGUCUGUGUGAAGAGAGGAGAUAGCGGCCGCUGCCGCUGCCGCUUCCACCAUAGUUUGAAGAAAACAGAUCUGGAACAAGGUCUUAUCCCCAGCUGCCUCUGAACAGUGGGACUGCCAGAUCUUCAGACAUCAAGUUCAGCUUUGUCUGCCAAUCUGUCUGACAUGUCGGGACCCGUGCCAAGCAGGGCCAGAGUUUACACAGAUGUUAAUACGCACAGACCCCGAGAAUACUGGGAUUAUGAGUCACAUGUGGUGGAAUGGGGCAAUCAAGAUGACUACCAGCUUGUUCGAAAAUUAGGCAGAGGUAAAUACAGUGAAGUAUUUGAAGCUAUCAACAUCACAAAUAAUGAAAAAGUUGUUGUUAAAAUUCUCAAGCCAGUAAAAAAGAAGAAAAUUAAGCGUGAAAUAAAAAUUUUGGAGAAUUUGAGAGGUGGUCCCAACAUCAUUACCCUGGCAGACAUUGUAAAAGACCCCGUGUCACGAACCCCUGCCUUGGUUUUUGAACACGUAAACAACACAGACUUCAAGCAAUUGUACCAGACACUAACAGACUAUGAUAUUCGAUUUUACAUGUAUGAAAUUCUAAAGGCCCUGGAUUAUUGCCAUAGCAUGGGAAUUAUGCACAGAGAUGUGAAGCCCCAUAAUGUCAUGAUUGAUCAUGAGCACAGAAAGCUACGGCUAAUAGACUGGGGUUUGGCUGAAUUUUACCAUCCUGGCCAAGAAUAUAAUGUCAGAGUUGCUUCUCGAUACUUCAAAGGUCCUGAGCUACUUGUAGACUAUCAGAUGUAUGAUUAUAGUUUGGAUAUGUGGAGCUUGGGUUGUAUGCUGGCAAGUAUGAUCUUCCGGAAGGAGCCAUUUUUCCAUGGACAUGACAAUUAUGACCAGUUGGUGAGGAUAGCCAAGGUUCUGGGGACAGAAGAUUUAUAUGACUAUAUUGACAAGUACAACAUUGAAUUAGAUCCACGUUUCAAUGAUAUUUUGGGCAGACACUCUCGUAAGCGAUGGGAACGCUUUGUCCACAGCGAAAACCAGCACCUUGUUAGCCCUGAAGCCUUGGAUUUUCUAGACAAGCUGCUGCGAUAUGACCACCAAUCACGGCUCACUGCAAGAGAAGCCAUGGAACAUCCCUAUUUCUACACUGUUGUAAAGGACCAGGCUCGAAUGGGUUCAUCUAGCAUGCCGGGCGGCAGUACACCUGUCAGCAGCGCCAAUAUGAUGUCAGGGAUUUCUUCAGUGCCAACCCCUUCACCCCUUGGACCUCUGGCAGGCUCACCAGUGAUUGCUGCUGCCAACCCCCUUGGUAUGCCCGUUCCAGCUGCUGCGGGUGCUCAGCAGUAAUGGCCCCGUCUGUCUCCAGUUGCCUGAGCAGAGGUGGGGCCGUCCACUCUCUCCUUGAUGCCGCCUGCGCCUGGCGGGGAGGGUGAAACACUUCAGAAGCACCGUGUCUGAACCGUUGCUUGUGGAUUUAUAGUAGUUCAGUCAUAAAAAAAAAUAUAUAAUAGGCUGAUUUUUCUUUUUCUUUUUUUUUAACUUGAACUUUUCAUAACUCAGGGGAUUCCCUGAAAAAUUACCUGCAGGUGGAAUAUUUCACGGACAAUUUUUUCUUUUUCUCCCCUUCCAAAUUCAGUUCUCACUAAAGAACAAAGAUAAACCAGCCUCAAUCCCAGCUGCUGCAUUUGGGUGGAAAUUUCUUCCCAUUCCUACCAUUGCUCCCCCACCAUCCUACGCUUUGGGGGCGUGUAUCUUGUGCUCUUCUCCAGAGAUGAUAAAAAUGUAGCUUCUCAAGGGAGGUGGGAAGCAGGCAGAGAAGACCCAGUUGGUCUGUAAGAGCAGUGUACUGCUAGUCACCUCACUUGACUUCAGGAGUGCUUCAGUGUCAUUGGCCUGAUGACUCUAGUAGAAUGUCAAGAUGUUGAAAAUGUACCCAAAGUGCAGACAGAUCUUAAAAAACUUACAUUCUGUAUGAAUCAUGUUUUAUUGACCUAAUCCUAAAUCCAGCUCACAAUUUUAGUUUUAGUUUAGUUCCAAAUUGUGCUACCUUCCCUCCAGGCUCCCAUUUUGGUCUUUCCCUGUUCAUCUCCCAUCAUAAUGUGUUCCAUACUGGUAGGAGAGGGAAAGGAAAACUCUUUUGACUUGGCCAUUUCAAAGUCAGAUAGUUCCUGGGCAUAACAUUGCUUUUGGCAAAAGAAACAUUGUCUAUAUAGGUUUCAUUCUAGCAGUUCUUAAGAACUGAUGGGAGAUGUGGCCACACUGGGUUUGGUUUUAAGCUUUCUUCCUUCUCUUGCUCCUACCCUCUCCUUCCCUCACAUGCCAUCCAGUGAGCAUGCCUGCUCCUUCACCUGGCAAAUGUACCUGAGAGGCGGGAGCAGAGGCACUGUCUCUGGUGAAAUGGAAAUGGUAGACCUGUAAUUGUGGGAAACUAUCAACUCUCUUGUUACAGCCCUGCCACCCCUUGCUGUGUGUAUAUAUAUAAUACUUUGUCCUUCAUAUGUGAAAGAUCCAGUGUUGGAAUUCUUUGGUGUAAAUAAACGUUUGGUUUUAUUUAUCAAGGUUAGAUUUAAGUUCCCUGUGUAAAGGUCUUGCUGGGUGGGUGUCUCACAUUCAAAUCUGAGGGGCCUUCAGCCCUGUACCGUGGAGGCUUCCCAAGGCCCCAAUUUCUAAUACACCCCUCAUUUGACCAUGGUACCGGGCAGGGCAGAGAGGCCUUAAAAAAAGCACCACAAGCCAAAGCGUCUCUGGGGAUUAAGGAUCCUUUGCCAUAAACUCAUUUUGUGUCUCAGCAGUGCAGGGAUUGGGGAAUGGAAAAGUCGCCAGUUUUUGUGUUUGUGUGUGUGUAUAAAGUGGACUUUCCACUGGAAUCCAACCACCUAAGUUUAUCAGGUGCUUCACUGAGGAAGCCUAGUUUUUUAAGCACAAUAGUAAAACCAUCAGCUCUGUAUUUUCUCCUGUUACUUCAUUACAGUAGCUGCUUGUGGGGACUAUGAGAAAAAUUCUUUCAACAUAUUUUAAGGCCUGAAAUCUUAGUUCCCCAUUCUCCUACCUUUAUAGAUUGACCAGCCUUUCUCACCUGGCAUCGUAAGUAAAGGAUUGUUUGGGGAGUUGAAUUGAUUGAACUCAUCUAACUUUGUCGCCCACCUUAGCUGACGGAAUCUAAUGGCAGACUCUGGCGGAAGCUCAGGUCUCCUUUUAUAAGGCUUCUCACAGGGAGAGCUGACGGGAAAGCAUACUGCGAGUGGCCAUUUAACAGUGACUACUUACUGGAGUUGGCCCUCCUGUCCUAGAAUGCCACGCGGGUUUAGUUAGCAUGUGGGAUUUGUGUAGAAGCUAAAAGCACCAAUGUGCCAGCGAUGCAGUUUGUGAUUGCAUUUGCACCGGGAUGUGAUUUUAACCGGACUCUUUGGACUGAUGAAUUAUUUGAGGAGGAGAGAAAGGUUGUAAAUUAAUACCCACUCUUAAUAGCUCAGAAAUGUAGGUGUGGAGCAGGGGUGGAAAGCUGUAGAUAGCCAGGCCUCCUCACACCCCUCAGACUGGCAAGGGCUGGAGGAGCAUGCAGAGGACUCUGAAGUGCCACCCAAGAGCCUUUCAAAACAAAAGAAGUUUCAAAAUGCUACUUAAGGAGUCGCUGCAGGAGCAUGGAGACCCACUGGGUGGGGGGAGGGGGCAAGGGUUUACAGAGUAACAACUUGUGUGUUGUUGUAAAUUACCUCAUCUGUAUACCUUGUAUUGGACACUUUCUCAGCACUACCUGUGUCUGCAUUGCUUACAUGGCAGGAAAUAGAUGCCAAUGGAAAACAGCGGUAUUGGCAGUUACUCUGAAAGGUUUUUAAAGUAUUUUUUAACUUUGUUUGAAGUGCCCCAUCCCACCCCACCCCCCUUUUUUUUUUAAGUUUAAACUAAAAGUCCCUCCUUGAUUUAUUGGUUGUAAUUGUAUUGUAAUUGGUAUAACUAAAACAUAACUGUGCUGGGAAGAAGUUGUGCCAUGAAGGUCUAUAAUUUUUUUUUAAAUAAAAGCAUUUAAAUAAAUGAAAUGUCCCUGCA